UCUGUCCCCCUUUGAGCAGAGGGCUUUCCCCAACUACUUCUCCAAGGGAAUCCCCAAUGUGUGGAGACGGGUCACAACCUCUUUCUUUAAAGUUGCCCCCCCAAUGACUCUCAUGUACCUGACCUACACCUGGGGCAACAGCGUCCAUCAGCAGGGCAAGAGGAAGCUUGCAGCUGACUUUGAGAAUGACGAGUGAACUCCUGCCACCUUUUGUGAAAGCUCCAAUCUGUUAUUAAUUCAAACUCUGUAGGUUUCACCAAUAAAGAUGAAAAUAUUUAUGUGAAA